AAACCGUCCUACCAAUCGCAUCUUCUCGGCCCUUUCCGUCAAACUUCGGAUAAGGACUCCAACCCAACGCAGUCAAUUGAUCCUAAAGUAAUUUUAUCCUGCUUUAGUACAAAGGUCAACUCUUAGCCUAGGCUCAGUUUUUAAUGUGAAGCCUGAAAGACUGUUUCUCUCCAGUAUACUCGACUGUAAAAAGUAGACACAAUGAAGUAUGGCAGUACAAGAGGUGGGGUGAAGAAUUUUACCUUUGAGCAAGCGUUAUUUACGGGUUAUGCCAGUGACGGGGGUAUACUUCUCCCUGAGAGUAUACCAGCUGUUCCGGUAGAUACCUUAAAAAGUUGGAAGGACCUUUCAUUCGUGGAACUGGCGAAGAAGAUCGUUCCCUAUUUUAUAUCCGAAGAAGAAAUACCUGGAGCAGACCUUAACGAUUUGUUGGAUAAAGCAUAUAGUACGUUUUCCUGCCCUGAGAUAGCACCACUCGCACGAUUGAAAGAUGACGUAACAAUACUUGAAUUGUUCCACGGGAAGACGUGGGCUUUCAAAGACUUGGCACUAUCUUGUGUGGGGCAGUUUAUCAACUACUUUUGUACGAGAAGUAAAACACAUUACACAAUAAUUGUAGGAACAUCCGGGGAUACCGGAAGCGCCGCCAUUGAAGCAGUUCGCGGGCUAAAAUGGGUCGAUAUUGUUGUGUUAUUACCUCGAGGACGUACUUCAUUUGUUCAAGAAAAACAAAUGACCACCGCUAUAGCUGAUAAUGUACACGUUUAUAGAGUUGAUGGCACGUCGGACGACAUUGACCUUAUUAUAAAGCCAGUUUUCAUGGACGAAGAUUUCCAGAAAAAAUACCACCUAACAAGUAUUAAUUCAAUCAACUGGUCGCGGAUAAUGGUGCAAAUAGUUCAUUAUUUUUAUGCAUUUUUAAAGAUGUGUGAUGAUAAUUGUAGUCCGGUAGAAAUUGUUGUUCCGACUGGGGCAUGCGGGAAUGUUACAUCUGGUUGUAUCGCAGCUAAAAUGGGCCUGCCGAUCCGGCUUGUAUGCGCAGUCACGUGCAAUGAUAUUGUGUCACGUGCUGUUUCUAAUGGUGACUUUAGUAUAACACCGGAAGUGACACCAACAUUAGCACCAGCUAUGGAUAUUCAGAUACCUUAUAAUAUGGAGCGAAUCUGGUACAUAUUUAGUGAAGGGGACACAACUCUUGUAUCAAACCUGAUGAAGGAAUUUGAAAAGAACGGCUCGAUCAAAGUUCCCGAGGAACUUGCCAAGAAAAUUUCGGAUGUUAUCGUUGAUACCUUUGUGGCUUCCGAUGAUGACGUCAAAACAACCAUGUUGAAGGUAUGGAAGGAUAACUCUUAUCAAGUUUGUCCCCACACAGCCAUUGCUGUAGCGUAUCAUCUUAAACAAAGAAGUAAUUCAACAUGUCCACGCAUCUGUAUAGCAACAGCGUCUGUAACGAAAUUUCAAGAAGCAGUAAAGAUUGCCGGUGUUCCUGUACAAAAUGAUGACAGAGUUAUCGCCCUUCAGAACAUGGAAACUAAAUACGAAGAUAUGGAAAAGGGAGACGACUGGGGAAAGAUUCUUAAAAACAAAAUUGUUGAAAUUAAUGCUUAAAUGCGUUCUGUUUCACUUGUAAGAAUAUAAUCUACAUGAUAUACAUAGACCUGCCAUAUUAGGAUCAGAAUCACCGAGAAAUGACGAAAACUAACAACUUAAGACCAUGUUAAUAUAAUAAUUGAUGAUUAUGAUAUAAAAUAUUAUGAUAUAUUUUUAUUAAAAUAUUAUAAAUUAUGAAACGUAAAAUGCAUGUAGAUUGAAACACAAAUAUUAUUAGUCUUUUCGAAACAUUUUUCUUUGAAAAGUGUUUUAACAGGUGCCGACUGAAGUAAAUGCUAUAGGCAUUUUAUUGCAUAUUUUAUUAUACAUAUAAUUAAUGUAAUACAAAUACAAUGAAUGGAAAUUGUAACAAGCAACAAUUAAAAACAUAAGUAUCAUUAUGUCUCUGAUAUUGUUAACUAAUCAAUCUGUUGCUUUAUUUCAUGUAUUAGUUUAAACACUUGACUGAGAUAUAUGCGUAUUAGACGGUAUAUAUUGUUUACACUUACGGUACUAAUUAUAGUGUUAUUUUUUGGGUAAAACAAAUACAUGUAUAACUUUUUAUAGCAUUUUACUAUUAUAAAUUAUUACUAGCUAUGA